AUGGUUCUACAAGCACCAUGCGUACGCUUAUUUGCUACCCUAGCCAGUCUGGUUAUAUAUUUCGAAUAUCAAGACAAAGGCUUAAUACCUUUGAAAGUGCUCGACUUCAUUACUCUUCCAUCACUAUUGGCUGGUAUCUAUGCUACUCACAUACUGGUAACAACGGUUUCCCGUCUGGACGAGCUGAUUUCAUACCGUUACAUUGUGGUCUUUCGAAUUCUUGAUCUGUUCUUUAUGUUCUUCGGUUUACAACAACCCGUUUUUGACUUUCUCGCUCGUUAUGGCGUUUUUGGCUGUGGAACCGUUUUACCAGCUAUCGAGACAUCAUUCUGCCCCUUAAAAUCGCUAAUUUCAGUCUGGAAAAACUUCUUCACCGUGAUCGAGUCAUUUCUCGUCACUUUGAUCUCAACGAUACUGCUGCAACCGUCGAAAUCCUCAUUCUUCGACAAACAUCCCAGUUGCAGAUCUAUGACGUCGUCUCGGAAUAGUCAUCACACAAAUGAAACGCCUACUUAA